UCUCCUGGUACAGUAAGCGCAUUGUAAAACCCUAACACUCGGCUGAGAGGGGCUGGCAUUCGGGCUGUAGCAGGCACAGGUGCGCUUUCCUUCGCUCUUCCGAAGGCGCGAAGCCCUCACUGCUUGACAGAAUUUAGAUUUCUUAGAGGUAAAUCUUUAUAGACAGAAUGAAAUUUACUUUAAGUGUACUGGCUGUUUUUGUAGCGUCUUUUGGAGUUAUCAGCUUUGUGUGUCUGGUUCUGGCAAUCGGAACGGAUUUUUGGUACAUUAUUGACACUUCAAAAAGAGAGAACAACUCUGUGUCACUAAGUUCACAUUCUGGACUGUGGAGGACUUGUAACGUUGACAACCAGUGUUGGCCAUUCGUGAAUCCUUUCAGAAACAGAAGAAAUUUUACAGAUUCACAAAGGCAGAUACUAAACAUGCAGGGAGCCUUCAUCGUGCUGCUGCCCCUCAGCGUGAUCGUCCUCUUCAUCGGUGGGAUGCUCGGGGUUAUCAGCAUGCUAGCCAAGGCCCACCUGCUCCUGCUGGCAACCGGAGCCCUGCUCCUCUGCGGUGCGGUGAUCACCCUGACCGGCAUCUGCGUGUAUGUGGCCUAUUCCGCAGCAGCCUUCGAAGAGGCUGUAUGCCUCUCCGGACACCAGGCUCUGCAGGACAUCGGCAUCUCGUUUGGCUGGUCCCUGGUGCUUGCUGCCCUGUCCUCUGUCACUGAGCUCCUCACAGCCGUCGCGUUCCUGCUGGCUUCAGCCCGGGUGGGGCAGCUCACGCAACGGCAAGAGGAAGUUUAUGCAGGAGAGAGAGAGACACUAGGGAAACCAGACUAAAUCUGUGGCAAAGUUGCAUUCUCACCGCUUAAAACAGAAAAAUAAAUAAAUGUAGCUGGAGAAUUGCUGUCUCUCCCAUACCGAGCUAUUCAUGUACGAAAUAACAUUACAUCAGAUGCAUCAGAUAGGUGGAGCCCCAUAUCUUUCAUGCUUGUAAAGCUUUGUAGAGCUGUAUUGUUAUGAGUUUUAAUUCAUUUAGCUAUGACUGUUCUCUUGAAUCCUCUUGAAGAAUCCUAAACUAAAACCUCUUAAAGAGGUAGAAAGCAGAAGGUAGAAAUCCAUUUAACAAAUAAUCCUCUGCAGUGCACUUUUAAAUGCACAGAUUCUAGCUAUAAUGGUUCUGUCAAUAUCGCGACAAAAUGCUGUCAAGAAUUACUUUAUUGCUGUGGUGUAAUGAGAAGUCUCUAAAAUAAAGACCCAUUAAUGAACGUUU